UCAAUCUCUCCUCGGGUUUUGAUAAUUCUCCCAAUCCUCUCUCGUUGAUAAUAUAGCUCAGUGGGAGUUUUUCUUGUGUGAGAAACAAUGGUUAAUGCCGGAAAUUUGAAUUCUCUUCUCACAAUUCAGAGUACUACUACUACUACCACCACUACCACAGCUUCUUCUUUCUUGUUCUUCCCACACAAAACUCACCUGAACCAUUUCCUUUCAAACUGGAAGAAUCCCUCUUCACCUUUUUCAAAUGGGCUGUGUUAUUUCUCUACCCAUCUGAAGUUUUCAUCUGUUAAUGGCCGGAGACGAACUGGGUCGAGACUAUUUUCAUCGAAGAAGAAGCAGGGUAAGCAAGGAGUCGAGUUCUUGGAAAUGGAAGGUUUUGAUGAUGAUGAUGAUGAUGAUAUUGAUAUUAAUGAUGAAGAAGAAGAAGAUGAUGAUGGAAGCAUUAUAUUGCCAUUGGAGAAGAUGAACAAGUGGUUGGAGAAUAAGCCACGUGGGUUUGGUGUUGAGAAGGUUUAUGAUACUUCCAUUGAAGAUAAAUUGCUUGAGGAAUUGGAGCAAGCUAGAGUGGCUCAGGCUGCUAAUUUGAAUAAGCUCAAGAAGGAUACAAACCCAAAUUCUGAUUUGAAGAAAGAUGAAGAACAGAAGAAGAAAGGUAAUAAUGAGAUUCCUCCAAAUGGAAUUAGAGUGAGGGUUUCUAACCUUCCUAAAAAGAAGAAUGUUCAUAGAGAUUUGAGUUCUGCUUUUAAGGGGGUUCCUGGUAUGAUUUGUAUAAAUGCUAUGGUUUCUGGAAACAAGAAGACUAGAGACCCUAUUUGCAAGGGAUUUGCUUUUGUUGAUUUCAAGUCUCAAGGAGAUGCUAUUAGGUUUGUACAAUUGUUUUCAAAACAAAAUGUAAGUUUUGGCAAAGUUCAGAAGCAAAUAAAAUGUGAGAUAAUAAACUCGAAAACAUCAGAUUCUUCUCUUACACAAUCUUCUAGCAACACUUAUGGUGUUCCUCCACUUAAAGUUAAGGCUGAAAGUUUGGGAGAGGUCCAAAUUGCAGAUUCUGAUACCGAUACAAAUGACUCUUCCCCGAAUGAAUGGGAGAAGAGUUCUUAUGUUGAAACCGAAGAUGUUGGCAACGAGCUUCUUAUGUCAGAAUUGGAAGAUGGUAUGGAGAAUUUGAACUUGGUUAAUGCUUUAGAGAACAAUUCUAGUGAUAAGUUUGAAGAAGGAACGGAAUCUGAGUCCCGAACUGAUGACAAUUCAGUUUCUUCAGAAGUGGAAACAAUUCGAGCACUUGAGAAAAAACUACUUGCUAAACUAGGGAAAGAAGGGAAGGCUGGUCCUAAGAAAAAACUAGCUGCAAAAGCUAAAGGAGAAAAAGCUUCUAAGAAAAAACAGGUUGUGAAAACAAAAGAAGCCAUUCCAGGAUCUGCCAAGAGGCUUAAGGUCAGGGAAAAGGCUGUGCUUAAUGAUGUGAUAUCUAAAUAUACACAAAAAUCUUCCAUUGAUUCAAAGGAAAAGAGCUUAGUUAGUGGAAUGUGAGUGUGAAAGAUUUUAGCUAAGAGUUUUGUUACCUACAUUUUUGUAUAUCUGAUCUUGGAUUAGACUUAGGUAAUAGGUAAAUUUGUAUGUUUAUUAGUGACUAUGAUCUUCAAUUUUUUUUCUUUUUUAUAUAUAAAUAUAAUUAUUUCUAGAAAAAUAUUUGAUGAUA